AUGGAGGCGGCCGCGGGGCCGGGCGCGCCGGCGAAGAAGAGCCUGUCGCUGUCGCUGCCGGCGGGGGGGCCCCGCGAGGGCCAGGCCACCCUGAAGCCCCCCCCGCAGCACCUGUGGCGCCAGCCGCGCACCCCCAUCCGCAUCCAGCAGCGCGGCUACUCCGACACCGAGCGCCCCUCCGCCCGCCACAUCGAGCGCGCCGACGCCGUCGACACCAGCCACCGGCCCGGCCUGCAGAAGACCCGCAUGUCCUGGCCCUCCUCCUUCCACGGCACCACCAACAGCGGCGGCGGCGGCGGCGGCGGCGGGACCAAGCGCUUCGAUGUGGAGAAUGGCCCCUCUCCUGGACGCAGCCCGCUGGAUUCCCAGGCCAGCCCAGGCCUGGUGCUUCACCCCAGCUUUCCGCAGAGCCAGAGACGCGAAUCCUUCCUGUACCGUUCGGACAGCGACUACGACAUGUCGCCCAAAACGAUGUCCCGCAACUCCUCCGUCGCCAGUGAAGCCCAUGCGGAAGACCUGAUAGUGACCCCGUUUGCCCAGGUCCUGGCGAGUCUGAGAAGUGUGCGUAGUAAUUUUUCCAUCCUUGCAAAUGUGCCCACACCAGCAUCCAGUAAGAGGUCUCCCGUGGGCGGCCAGCCGACUGUAUGCAAAGCCACCCUCUCAGGUAACAGUCGUGUGGUUGUAGGGGUUUUCUCAGCGUCAUUCCCCAGGCGAAGUUUGGCGCCUCCGCAGCAUGGGCUAACCGUGAUCGCCUCCAAUUUCUUCGAGGGCAUGGGUAAUUCGCAUUCGGGAUCGGGAUCCGAAGUUCCUCCUCUGAUGGGUUUUUCCUCCAUCGCUUCCAACCGCUUCCACGGAUUUUCACCGCAUUCGCUCGUUUCCACUUCCCGGGUUUGGUAUACCGCCGUAGGCGGUGUGGAACCCUUCUUCCGAUCAUCGACAUCCAACCUCGCCAUCGCCCCUUCUGCUUCCGCUGUAUGCCACUGGCGGCAAGUGACCGCAGAGGGACGUGCCUCUUGCCCGGGCACGGAUAAGGCCCCUGUGUGGCUUCCUGGCCCAAGUCCCAGCAUCCUUUGCAAAACUUCAAGGGAUUCCUGGAUGCUCCUUCUGAAUUUUACCGACGGAGACCGGGGGGCCGCCUCAGGUUUGGGCCUGCCUCAGCUGCCUCCCUCGCCCAUAGCCCCCUCUCACGUGGGGGCCCCCCCAGGGGAGCAGCAGAGAUGUGAGGGCCCCCGUGCAGGGCGGCCUUUCCUGCCAACACUGAGGAAAGGGGGAGCUGCCAGCCCGCUGCCCAUCCGGAGAGAGAGGAGACCCAGGCGGCGGCCAGCCCUUGGGGAAGAACAGAAGAUGCCCUUAGUGGAUUUUUUCUGUGAGACCUGUGCGAAACCAUGGCUAGUAGGCUGGUGGGACCAGUUCAAAAGAAUGCUGAACCGUGAACUAACACACCUCUCUGAGAUGAGCCGCUCCGGAAAUCAGGUCUCUGAGUACAUUUCCAACACCUUCUUGGACAAGCAGAACGAUGUGGAGAUUCCAUCCCCCACACAGAAAGAUCGGGAGAAGAAGAAGCACCAGCAGCCCAUGUGCCAGAUCAGCGGGGUGAAGAAACUCAUGCACAGCUCUAGCCUGACUAACUCCAGCAUCCCUCGCUUCGGGGUCAAAACCGACCAGGAAGAUCAGCUUAGCAAGGAACUAGAAAACCUAAACAAAUGGGGCCUUAACAUUUUCCGGGUCGCCGAGUACUCCAACAAUCGGUCGCUCAGCUGCAUCAUGUAUACAAUAUUCCAGGAAAGAGACUUGCUGAAAAGCGUUAAAAUCCCGUGGACACUUCUAGUCACCACCAUCAUGGAUACGCUGGAAGACCACUACUAUUACUGGCCCGGCGUCGCCUACCUACAACAGUCUCCAUGCUGCGAUGUCAUGCAGUCUCUACAUACGAUCCUGCUGUCGACACCUGCUAGCCUUGGAUGCCGUCUUCACAGACCUGGAGAUCCUGGCUGCGUUGUUUUGCUUCGCUGCCAUACACGACGUGGACCACCCGGGAGUCUCCAACCAGUUUUUGAUCAACACCAGUUCGGGCUGGCCCUGAUGAUGUACAAUGACGAGUCCGUGCUGGAGAACCAUCACCUGGCCGUGGGCUUCAAGCUGCUGCAAGAGGAGAACUGUGACAUCUUCCAGAGCCUCGCCAAGCGCCAGCGGCAGACCUUGCGGAAGAUGGUGAUCGAUAUGGUCCUGGCGACCGACAUGUCCAAACACAUGAGCCUCUUGGCGGAUCUGAAGACGAUGGUGGAAACCAAGAAAGUGACCAGCUCUGGGGUGCUGCUGCUAGACAACUAUACUGACAGGAUACAGGUUCUGCGGAACAUGGUUCACUGUGCCGAUCUGAGCAACCCCACAAAGCCGCUGGAGCUGUACCGGCAAUGGACGGAUCGGAUCAUGGAGGAGUUCUUCCGUCAGGGGGACAAAGAGCGGGAACGUGGAAUGGAGAUCAGCCCCAUGUGUGACAAGCACACGGCCUCCGUGGAGAAGUCGCAGGUGGGAUUCAUCGACUACAUCGUGCACCCGUUGUGGGAGACCUGGGCAGACUUGGUCCAUCCUGACGCACAAGACAUUUUGGACACGCUUGAGGACAAUAGAGACUGGUAUCACAGCAUGAUACCCCAGAGCCCCUCGCCGCCUCCAGACGACGCGGAGAAAGACGUGGAGGGCUGCCUGGAGAAAUUCCAGUUUGAACUGACCUUGGAGGAGGAGGGGGAGGAUUCAGAGCCGGACCACAGCAGUCCCGGCGAGGAGGACAACAGCUACUACACAGCAACAGAGGACCACCACCACGAAUCCCUGGAUGUGACGGACGACACAGUGAAUGACACCUCUUCUGGCGAGUCGUGACUGUGGGGCAAGGGACUGUCGAAAGCAUAAAACACACAACGUGCAAGCUUUCAAUUGGGGGGGUAAAAAAAGGAGAAAAAACUCAUUUUUUAUUUUUAUUGUAUUUUUUAUAAAAAGAAAACUAACAAAAAAAGGGAAUAUACACACAGCAACUGUAGAACCAGGAUGGCCCGAGCAGGGGGCAGCAGCUGCAGCGGUCGGCCCACACACUCCCGAAAGAAGCGCCUCUUUAAUUCACUGUUUUUGUCCCCCCUCGUUAUUGGUAGGGGUUUUUUUAAAACGUUUUAUUUUGUUAAUUGGACUGACGCAGCCUGGAAUUGGAGGGUGUUUGUAAGGAAAGAAGCAAAGCAAAGCAGAUGGGAUUUUGAAAUAAGAGAGAGAGAGAGAGAGAGACCUAUUUCGAAGCCAUUUUUCAAACAAGCAUAGAGGCUGUGGGGCUUCCCACGUGCUGAGCCCCAGUUGGUGCUCCAGGCUGCAGACAAGCCCUUCUUGGUAUGGUUGGUUGGUGCCUUUCUCUCUUUUUCUGCUGCCCAGCUCCUUAGACCCCCUUCCCCUCCUAGCUGGAAAACAGGGUGUUCAAAAAGACGAGGCGGCAGGGGGGUGGGGCCAAAUCAUUUUGAUUUUUGUAAGUUAUUUUUUCAAGCAAGUCUAAUUUAUUUUUGUGAGUUGAUCACAGAGUUUAUUUUAUUGCGAACAGAUGAGAAGAAAGGUGGUUUGAUUUCUUUUUCCUUUUUGGGUUUUUUUUUUCCACGUAUGCGUAUUUCUGUUUUGCUUUUUUGGAUUUUUAUGGUUUGCAAGCAAAGAAUUCCUUUUUUUCCCUUUUUUUUGCUCCUGACGCCAUACACUUCUUUCCAGAAGCAAACGGGAGAAGACUUUUCUUUUCAAAGAAAAAAGGGAACAAGAAAUCAAAUAAGCAAAACGUUUUUUUUAAUCUCAGUUUCCAAAUAGCCAAGUCUUCCUCCGUUCAUCAUUUUGCACAAAAAUAGGCAAUAGGGCCAGGAUCCAAAUGGGUGUGUUCAACGGCCAACUUGUUCAGAUAGCUCCGGUGGGUGCGGACGGCAUGUGUGAAUCCUCCUUCCUGGGCGAGGCAGGAAGGGGGGGACAGGUCCCAGCUUUCCCAACCCAAGAGCAGUCUGGAAAGGUGAUCUCUGUGAAGUUUAUUUUUAGCACUAAUUUUGCAAGUUUCCUUUCUCUGUUUGGAUCGGUGCGCUUUGCUAGCUGAUGAAGCCUCUCUGAUCGGCAGGCUCCCAUCAUUUGUGACGGGUAUGUCGGGCAGGAAACUUGUGAGCAUUAACCAUUCACACACACACGCACGCACGAGCGCACUCCACUUUCACAUGUCUUCUGGCACAGGGAUGUUUUUUCACCGUCAAAGUUUGUACGAACUGAAGCCUCGUCUUUAUUUCUGUGCGAUGCAAUGCAAUGUGGCUGGAACACA